GCUAAACCUCGUCAGCCAUGUAUGCUUAAAUUUGGACUUUCUCGAAAUGAUAACUUUAAAACCUUUAUAAUCGUGUAAAUAUCAAAAUGUAUCGUUGUUGACAAAAAGGAAUAAGUUAUAGUCAUUAGGAGGGAAAAUGCAUCGAGCGUACCACACUCCUGGAGGCGGCAUAAGGGAAAUUAAACUCUGUCUACUCGGGGUAAGAUGCGAUCCACAAUUAAAAAUUAUCGACCAGUGAUAGUUGAUGUGAUCAGAGAUUCGCUUCCUUGUUCCAAGUAUUGACAGAGGUCGUUUUGAAGUAAUUAUUUAUUUUCACCACUUUUUCAAGGAUGCUGGUGUGGGCAAGUCUUGUUUGGUCCAUCGGUUUGUCUCCGAUUCAUUUAAUGCCUCAUCUCCGCCCACUAUCGGGUCAGUAAGAUUUGAUUCUAUGAAAUAUUUAAGCUUUAAUAUUAGGUCCUAAAGAUUUGAUCACUAUUUUUAUAAAAUCUAUAAAAUUACUUUAUUCCGUUUCGUGGCUUAUUAGUUUAGCUUUUUAAAAAUAAUUUGGUUAGAUACAGUCGUGGUUGAAUUUAAAGAUCUCAGUAUAUUUAGUAACCUGGUGUCUUAAAAUUAAUGUAAUGAGUUCAUUUUGAGGUACAGUAAAUUUUACUUCCUUUAUUAAUAUGGACAUCGAAGGAACAGAGUCAGGUCUCUGCAGUACAGAGGUGUCCGUAAACUAGAGAAAUGAACUACAUACCAUGUAUAAUUUGUGUCUUUACAGUCACGCCAGGUCAAGCAUACCCCAGUAGAUACCAUUAAUGAAUCAAUUAUUUUAAAAAGGAAUCCAUCAGUCAUUGUUGCAACCAGUUACAACGUCAAAUUUGCAUUCCUGCGUGCAUUAUAAGCAGUGAACUUUUUACAAUAACCUCUCUGUAUUUGGUCAGAUUGAACAUCUUUGAAUGGAUAAAAUUGCUUUGAAGACAUAAAAAUCAAAUUCAAGGAAACUGAGCUGGUAGAAAGUUUAAUAACUACCUGGUGUAUGAAUUCACCACUCAUUAUGCAUGCAGGAAUGCAGAGAUGAAUCUGAAAUCCACAACUCUUGUCUAAAUACCCAUCUAAACUCCCCUACAAAAGGGAAAACCACAAACACAUGUUGCCAUCACGUGCUCACAAGUGGCCGCAUUGCCCCAAAGGAAAGGAGCCUCGUUAUCAACCAAAUUGUCACCCAGGUACUCUUCAGCACUGUUGCCCAAUCGAAUUCCGACUGAUCUUCUGGUUAAUGAUCUUUUGCCUUAAAUACCUAGCGCCACUCUUUAAAUACUCUACCAAGUCCCUUGAUACUAAAUACCAACAAGAGAAUAUUUUCUCACUAAUUUAUUCAAAAAUGUGGAAAAAUGGAACUACCAACAGAUUCAACUUUCUAAUAAUAAAUUCAUUAAUGUAAUCUUGCGGUUUCGCUUGACCUGGCUUGACUGUAGCACUAUGUGGCUGUGUACAUAAGCAUAAAUCUCGCAUAACAUUGAAGUUUGGGUGACAUAACUGCAGGUGAGAUAACUUUCAGGCAAGUUGACCAGAACUGUUUGUGAAAGAGAGUUAUCCUGAUACAUGUCUUACUGCACACAGCACACAAUAAUAGCGCUCAAAGCUCAACAAUUUUCAAAGCCACCAUUUGGCGACCUGAAAUUAUAGAAUAGUCACUAGCAGGGUGCAAAGAAAGUCAGUUUUACAGCCUGCCAUUCGGGCAAGCUGUAGUUAGCAUGUACUAGCCCACAAGUCAUUUCAACUAACCCCAAAACCCUUUUUGAUUAGCAGGAUUGAUUACCAUCCUUCUGUAAUUUGAAUUUGCCCAAAAAAUUCACUUGCCUGUCGGUCAAGUUAAGAACAGAAUUCACAAGCCCGAAAGCAAAAUCCACUAGCCCAGGGCUGUCGGACACGACUUUCUUUGCAUGCUGCACUAGGCAUAGAAUAAUUAUUGGAGGCCUAAAAAAAAGAAAAACAACACUUUGUGCAACACUAUAAGAAUGGUUUCGAACCUUGAAUUUGUUAAGUCAACUCCUUCUAAGAUGGACACCUUUGGGAACAUUACUAUGUGUCCAUCUUUUAGAGGAAUGUCCAUCUUUUGAGUCAACUUAAAGGAAUAUAGAAAGCUUGGGACAAACUCUGGGUGUUCAGAUCUUACAGAGGUGUCUGUUAAAUGAGAGUUUACUGUAUUCACAGGGUUGUCAAUAAGAGCCGGCGGCCAGCAAAAUUCACCAGCUAUUUCACAUGAACUUGUCGUCUACUUUUCUUUGGAAUAACCAGUUUUAACAAAUGACAUGAUUUAAAACAGAUACUGAAACAAGCAAUGGUUCAUAGCUAUUGGCAAGAAGAAAUAAAUGAAUAAAGAAAAUUAUUCAUGUGCUGUUGCUGAAUAAAAAAGCCAAAAUUUAGUAAUGAUGUCUGUGUUCUGUUCAAAAACUCUAAUUUUUGCUCCAGAAGGCUGGAAAUGCAUUCUAAGAGGCCCAGAUUUCAAAAUUUUCCAGGGGGCAUGCCUCUGAAUUCCCCUGGAGGCUUGAGCCUUCUGCUCUUGCAAGUUGCACCUUUGGCGCGAGUUUUUUCCAUCUGAAUGAUCUCUGCCUACUCCUAAGCUUUUGCCACCUACUUAAUUUUUUCAACGUGUUGAGAACCCUGAUUCACAUUAUAGUUUAUUGUGAAUUUCUGUAACUUCUGAGAUGAUUCAUUUGAUUGGCUAAGGUUCUGCUCAAUCAUGUAGGAGACUCAAAAAAUGUUUCUGAACUGUAAUGAUUUCUAUCAAUACCAGUAUACAAUCCUUCCAACCACCUUGGUAAACCGGAAAAUCUCCCUGGAGACUCCCAUAUAAAAAAUGAGAAGUGUUCUUGUUUGCCCAGCCCUGUCAAAUUAUUACUUUUCUCAGAUUUUCAUUUGAUUUUUUUUGUAGAGCUGCCUUUAUGACAAAAAUGAUGAUUGUUGGUGACCAGGCUUUUAAGUUCAAUAUAUGGGAUACAGCAGGGCAAGAAAGGGUAAGCUCAUUCAAAUUAGAGUCUGCGGAAUAUUUGCUUUUUUCACAAGAAUUUAUUUUAGAAAUUAGAUUGCAAUACAACUGUAUACUUUUCAUUCAUUUGAUGCAGUUUAAGAGUCUAGCCCCACUCUACUAUCGAGAUGCUGCAGCAGCCAUUUUAGUCUACGAUAUAACAAGUGAUGUAAGUUUUACUGGAUUUAUAAUAAAAACCUUGAAAAAUGUUAGGCUCUCCUUUAUGCACAUGAAGGUAGCAGUAAUGCUUGUACUUCUGAGACAUGUAGAAGUAUGAUAGAAGGUGUGAUCAUGUUUUGUCAAAUCAAUAAUUUAUUCAGCCUGUCACAAAGUAGCCUGCGAUCAUGCCCUCCCUACAUUUGUACUGUAUCUUUCGUGUGGAUCCUUUAUAAUGAUACAUUCAUGUACAUGUUGUGGUUCAAUUUUAUCCUUGGUUUAAAUUUUAUUUCCUUAGUUUUGGGGUAUUGUAAUGUUACUGAGUUUGAAACAAAGAAAAAUAAAAUUUAAACCAAGGAUAAAAUUGAACCGCAACAUACACACUAUCAAUUUCUAGAUUACAUUUGUCUUAUAUUCUUUCUCGUUUUAGAGUUCAUUCCAUGCUUUAAAAAACUGGAUAAGGGAAUUACAAAGAUAUGUUCCAUCUGAUAUUCUUAUCGCUAUUGCUGGAAACAAGUGUGAUAAAACUGACCAAAGGGAGGUAAGCUGCAGGUGCUUUGCCUUGCUGCCCAGGGUUGUCACUAACCCAGGGGGGUACUCAAGAUUUCAAGUAAUAGGGAUGAUCAAAGGGUUUUUUUGGGUUUGAAAUUUUCGAUUUCGGGAUUUUUUGGGGUUGGAAGAUUUUGGCAAGUAUUUUUUGGGUAGCUUGAUUUAAGAGGGCAUUUUUGGGGGUAUUCAAAAGAAUCUGAAGAUGCAUGAUAGUUCCCACGUAUCCCAGCCAUCUAGUUCAGUGAAUAAAUUUGAUAUGGCUCAGAAAUUCAGCAUGGGAUCUUUUUGGGGUUAAAAUUUGGUCCAGGGAAUUUUUGGGGUUUUGUUGGAAGCCCUAGGGAUUUUUUGGGGUUUUGAUUUUUGUCCCCAUUCGAUCAUCCCUGUCACUUGAAGCCUAAACAACUUCCUAGUUUUGCAAUAAGGCAUUUCUGAAUUGGGUAAGUCUGAAUCCAUUGAUAUGAAAAUGUUUUUUUUCUCUCAUACAAAAAAACUCAUUUUCACAGUAAAGGUUUUCUACUUAGCCUUGUUUUAAGAGUGAGAGUUUUUGAACUCAGAAAUGGCCUUUUUUUUUUGGGGGGGUACUUGGGUUAAUUUUUGCUGGGUAUGUGCCACUGGCCUCUCAGAGCCCCUUCCCCAUUAUAGUCUAUUCUGUGGCCAAUAUUAGAUCCCAUCUUAGUCACUUUUGGGCAAAUAUGUAAUUUUUGUGAUCCCAACUUAUUCACUUUCUAUUUUUAUGAAUUGACCCAUUAAUUUUUUUAGAUUGAAAGAAGAACACUUUACUUUUCGUCUGUAGUACAAACAUUCUGUUGCGUUUGCUAACUGUAAAUAUGAAGAACUGUCUUACCCCAAAAAAUUCGAAAAUGUGCGACCCCAUUUUAGUAACUCUAUUGAAAAUGUGACCACCUCCCCCCCCGGGCUUUUUGCCUGUCUACCUAUUACACAUACCCAGCAAUUUAUUUAAUCAGAGGCAUGUUCUGCAGAGAGGACUGCAGGAAAAAUUGGGAAGGGCAGGAAUUGUUAUCUAGGGAAAAUGAGACAAGCUUAGACUUAGGCCCUUAUAAAAAAUACCUGGAUGCACCUCUGAUACACAUGCCUAGAUUCAGUUCUCUGCAGUGGGUGGAGCACUAAGGAAAACCCUGCUUGAAACAUCACCCAGUUGGUGAUAUCAACCAGUGCAUCUUCUUGGUCUGUAUGGGUGGUCCAUGGACCAUUUUGUUAGGUGGUUCACAGGUCUACUGGGUCCAUUGGAAUUAAAAAAGAAAAUCACCUUGUGGUUUCUGAGAUGGACAGAACCUUCAGUUGUUUUAUAAUUCUUUCCCCAAGGUUUUAGUACAGAAGUUGAGUAAACAGUAAGUGAAAACUCUGUUCUUGUUUCUCAGGUUUUAGAAGAAGUAGCUGAGGAGUUUGCAAGUAGCGUAGAGGCAAUAUUUGUUGAGACAAGUGCUAGAACAAACAAAAAUGUUCAUUGGCUAUUUGAAGAGUUGUGUAAGUACUCACUGUAAAUAACUUGAAAUUCAUUCUAGUUUAUGUUCUCAGAGGUUUUAUUUUGCAUUUUAAUAAUUUUCGUGCAUUUUUGUUAGAAAACUCUUCUGCCAAAGUAAUAUGUAUCUAUAGGUAAUAGCAUGAUUUGUAGUGAUUAUUGGCAUAAAUACCAUGAGUGAUAUUUCGAAAUUGGUGUAGGUAAUAGCAUGAUUUGUAGUGAUAUUUGGCAUAAAUAUCACGAGUGAUAUUUCAAAAUUGUUAUACGAAAUUUCAUGAGCCGUUAGGCGAGUGAAAUUUGAGACAAUUUUGAAAUAUCACAAGUGGUAUUUAUGCCAAAUAUCACGUACAAAUCAUGCUAUUAUUUGUUUAUACUACUACCCACAAAAGGUUUGUAAUGUUCACAUGUUUAUUUCAAAUUAAGCUGAAAAACCACUGCUCUAAGCCAAUCAAAUUGCAGUAAUUUCUCAUGUGGUAGUAUAAUUAUACGUAAUUUCACGAGCCGUUAGACGAGUGAAAUUUGAGACAAUUUUGAAAUAUCACGAGUGGCAUUUAUGCCAAAUAUCACGUACAAAUCAUGCCAUUAUUUGUUUUUACUACUAUCCGCAAAGGUUUUGUAAUUUUCACACGUAGGUAUUUCAAAUUAAUCUGAAAUACCACUGUUCUAAGCUAAUCAAAUUGCAAAAAUUUCUCAUGUAGUAGUAUAAAGAAGUUAAUCAUACUCAUCAGCUGAAGCUACUUAAUUUUUGUAAUAAAUCAUUUUGUCAGUCUUGGUGAAAGGAAACUCAAAGAGAGGGGAACAUUUAAGUGGAACCAUUUUUCCCUCCAAGAAUCUGUCACUGGUACAAAUACAGCGUACACUUUUGGAAAUGACUUUCUUGUCACAAAUAACAGGGUUGCAAAUAAUAUCAAAUUAUCAAAACAGUUGGUGUAAUUUACAGUUACUAAUUUAAAUAAACUUCAAUCCAAUAACGAUCAGAAUUUUUGUAAGAUGACGAUGUAUAAAUAAAGCUUUAAAAUUAUCUUUAACAUCUAGCUCGUCGACUUCCUCAAGAAAAUGCAGAUUCUCCAACAGGGAGGCAAACUCUUGUACGACCCAAACCAGCAGAGGAACAUCCAAAAAGAUCUUGUUGUUCAGAAAAGCAGCCAACUACAAAUUACUGAACAUGAUGGGAAGAUUCAGCUUCAUACUGCGAUCUGUCCAUGGACUGUUUCAGAAUGUGUUUUGUACAAGAAAUUGGUCCUUUUUUUCUGAGCAAUAAUAUGGAUUAGCAUCGUUGAACAUGUAGCUUCUGAUUUUGAAAAGACCGAUCCUUAGGCGUGGUUUCACUUGGUCUGUAAUCAUUGGCUACGGUUCCUCGAAAGAUGGUUUAGUCUAACCUAGGAUAAAGUGAAAUUUUAGUAAUUUUUUUUAUCGAGUGAUAAGUGAAUUGAGCUGAAUUGCUGAGUCUUUUCCCAGAGACCCAACUGUGUUCACCAAAAAUUACAGCCCUAAACAGUCCGUGAGAAAGUAAAUCCAACUGGGGGCCAACAUUUUAAGACAGAAUCCACCAGGACAUUGAGUAAUUUUGAUUUUCAGUGGACAAAACUCUUGUACCAGAAUAGUAAUAUUUAAAGCAUAUUGAAUUCUUUAUUACAUUUUUCAAGGGCUUAAGAUGUAAUAAAUCAUUUCUAGUAACACCAAAAAAAAUUUCGUUUGGGAACCCGAGAAAAUGAAUGUCAGAUUUCACAAAAUUACAUCUUACACAUGAAAUUUUCAGAAUUUUACCUGUAAAAUCUCAGUUCUUGUCAAAUUUGGGGUUACUACAGAUGAUUUAUUACAUCUUUAGCCCUUCAAAAAUGUAAAAAAAAGAAUGCAAUAUUAUUUAAAUUAUUCUGGUACAAGAUUUUUGUCCAUUGAAAAUUAAAAUCACUCGAUUUCCUGAUGGAUUCCGUCUUAACACUAGGCAAAGCUAACAAGGCUUCGAGGGCCGUGAUUUGGGGUGGCUGUUUGUUUUAAAAGUCAGUUUUAAGAUGAUGCAUUAGGUGAAUGUUGGUCAGUUAUAUUACUGAUUUGCUGGUAGACCAGCUGACAAAACGUCUUGCAAAGGUAACUGGUUUGUUUGAAAAUGAAGAUAACCGGAGACAUUAAAAGUUAGGAUGUAGAGAGGAGGUAGAUUAUUUGAGAGCACUACCAGUAAGCACAACAGUUGUCUCACUGAGAUAAACAUUAUAUUUUUUCCAUUAAAAAAAUAAAUUAGUCUUCAUUCAUUGUAAUUGUCAGGAAAAUCCUUAUCUCAAGAAGGCGCAAAAACUUUGCUUCAAGUAAUCAGUUCUAAAGUGUCCAUCUGUUUGUUAUAGUGCUAUUUUGCUGUAAGCAGAUGUGAAUUGUUUAGAAAUGACUUGAUUUAUAGGAGAGCUAUUUAAUGUACCGUGAAGCAUUCGACGGGCAAGUACUUUUAAGAAAAUAUUGAUGUAUUAUAACUAUUUUUCUAGUUCAAUCAGGAUGUUACAUUGGACAACAGUAUAAAAAAUUAGUAUUAAAUUAUUACUUUUACCUUACAUCAGGGAUCAAGGGGGAGAACAAAGCUAAAAAUACAAAGAAAAUUCCAAAUUUCAUUUUUAAGAAACCUCAACGCUGUCUAAGACGGGCAGAACGCAUUAGGACCUGCACUAAAAAGUCCGUCUUAGAGAGGUGCCUUGUCUUGUCCCUUCGGGUCACGUGGUCCAAGCGAGUUCCCGACCGUUCGUCUCCGAUAGGUCAAAAAACGUCACCGAAAUGCAUUCACCGAGAAGGCCUGGGAAGACUGUACGUCUAGGGCUGCCGCUGUACCUCUAGGGCUACGCAAGAGAGGUGCCCAUUUAUUAAAUACUUAAGAACGUAAGGAAGCAACGGCAACAGUUCACUGUAAAUCCAAAAGAAUGGUGAAAGAAACAUUUAAAUGACCAAGCUCUAGCAUCGCAUGAAAGUACGAUUGAAGAGGUCUUAUUUGAAUAGUCACAUCACAGGAUCUCAUCUUCAGAUUCAACUACUUUUUACAGCCUGAUAAAUAAUUGACGACGCUUCAUUUGAAUGGUUACCCUAUAGUGUUUUAUGACCAGACUCAAAAAUUCAGAACUUCGUUGCAUUUUUUAAAUAAUUGACUCUAGAAAAGUGGAGACUUUAACAAAAGAACGGCUAUCGUCAUAAUUUUGUUUACUCAGGUACAUGAAUUUUCUUUCUUUUUUUCAGUACCCCGUUGACCACUAAAUCACCAAAAAAGCUUCAGUAAACAUAGAACUCUGAAAAUUUCACUGUGCUGUCAUGCGUUCCUCUCACGCGAGGAGGACACGCGUGACGAAGCCCCAGGAGCGUCUCUGCCUGGGAGGUUAGCCAAUUUGCCAUUUUCGAGUUCCAAAAACUCUCACUUUCAAAACGAGACUAAGUGCAAAAGCUUUCUUGUGAAAAUGUUUUUUGUAUGAAAGUCAUUUUCGCAUCAAUGGCUUCGCAAUUACCCUCGCUUUGAAACAGAGGCUUGGGGCACUUAGUGAAUAGCCUAUUUGUUGUUAAAAUCGAGUUCUUUUGUUUAGCGUAUUUGAAAAAAAGAUGAUACUUUGUAAACAUUCAAAUACCUUCCCUCUUUUAACAGUGAUAUUUAACAAUUUCCACGCAUCAUUGUAAGGUUUAUUUUAUCACAAGGCAAAUAGAAAACUUUUAAAACAUGUUAAGUUUACUUUAAAUGAGACGAUAAAUUAGUUUUAUAUUUUUUCAUAUCAUAAU